UUUGCGUGUCGUAGAUCCGAUAAUGUUCGGGACCCGAGGAUUGUUGCGCUGCUAUAAAUUAGCCCUGCAACAGACCCAAGGCUCUCUGUCCUCCUCAGCAGCAAUGGCGUCCUCCUACUCACUGAGUCCAUCUAGGGUUUCAGCGUACUCCACUGGCUCCCCAAACCCUAGCGGCGCCCCCAAGAGAGUUGGGACCCACAACGGAAGCUUCCACUGCGAUGAGGCCCUCGGGUGCUUCAUGAUCCGCCUCACUAACAAGUUCUCGGGCGCCGAGAUCGUUCGAUCCCGAGAUCCUAAGAUAUUAGAUACUUUGGAUGCUGUUCUCGAUGUCGGUGGUGUGUAUGAUCCUGACAGUGAUCGCUAUGAUCAUCACCAAAAAGGUUUUACUGAAGUUUUUGGGCAUGGAUUCAACACCAAGCUAAGCAGCGCUGGACUUGUCUAUAAGCAUUACGGUAUGGAGAUAAUUGCUAAGGAGCUUCAACUUGAUGAAGGGCACCCGUAUGUUCUGCGCCUGUAUCUUGCUGUUUACAGAAGCUUUGUUGAGGCCAUAGAUGCCAUUGACAACGGAGUUAAUCAGUAUGACACAGAUCUGCCUCCUAAGUAUGUGAAUAACACAAAUUUGUCUUCAAGAGUCGGGCGUCUUAACUUGGAUUGGAUGGAUCCUGACCAAUCAUCUGAGAAAGAAAAUGCAGCCUUUGAGAAAGCAAUGGUUCUUGCCGGCAGUGAAUUUUUGGAGAAUGUUCGCUAUUAUGUCAAGUCAUGGUUACCUGCGCGAUCCAUUGUUAUGGAAAGUCUUGAAGCAAGAGGAGACGUUGAUCCUAGUGGAGAAAUCAUGGUUUUGAACAAGUUUUGCCCUUGGAAGCUUCAUUUGUUUGAGCUUGAAGAGGAGUUGAAGGUAGAUCCUCUGAUCAAAUAUGUUCUCUAUCAGGACGAUAGAGGCAAACAAUGGCGAGUGCAAGCAGUUGCGGUAUCUCCAGAUAAAUUUGAGAGCCGAAAACCUCUCCCACUGCCUUGGAGGGGCCUGAGAGAUGAAAAUCUUUCAAAAGAGGCUGGUAUUUCUGGAUGUGUCUUUGUUCAUAUGAGCGGAUUCAUUGGUGGGAAUCAAACUUACGAUGGAGCCUUAGCCAUGGCCAAAGCUGCUCUUAAAUUUUAAAUCUUCUUAAAUUGAGAAAUAUAUUUUCUUAUUUGAGUCGAAUGCAAAUUGAAGGAGCUUUAUUCGAGAGAAGUCAAUGCCUACAUACAAGGAUAUGCCCUUCUGCUGCUAGCAAAGCAUUGCUUUUAUCCAGGCGUUAGUUUUGUUCAACAAUGACAUGGUACUAAUGAUGUAUCUUUCAUUAUCAUUUAAACCUAUGCUUCUUCUGCUAUUAUUUUCUAACAUUUAAAUGAAAACGAAAUGCUAUUUAGAUGUAAAACUUCAGAAUUGUAAUAUUUUUAUAUAUGAUGGAUAUAUCAAUGACACGAAGCUUACAUGUUUCUAAAUUAA